AUGUCCGUUCCCAACCACAACGAGAUAUGGCGUCGAGGGGCAGAAGAAUUCAGAGGCCAGAGACUGCUGCCCCACGUUGUCGACUAUCAUGCCCAUGAAAAUCCCAGUCGCGUGUUCAAUUCCAUGCCAAGAACCCAAAAUGUGGCAGAUGGGUUUCGAGAUGUCGACAUGAAGACGAUGGCAACCGCGGUCGAUUUCAUGGCCUGGUGGCUGGAUGACCAUUCCAAAAGUGUGCCUAAAGAAAAGAAAAUUCUCGCGUAUCUCGGAGUACCAGAUAUCCGAUAUCCUGUUCUCCUCUUUGCAGCAAUCAAGGCUGGAUGGACGACAUUUUGGAUAUCACCACGGAACCCACCUGAUCAGAACUUGCAUUUGCUGUGUGAGGGGAAAGUGAUGCUUCUUCUCCACGCGGAUUUAAUGGAGCCAGUGGUCAAAGGCAUUCAACAGCUUGACUCUGCCGCUUUGAUAACCUAUAUGCCGGUACCAUCCCUGGAGGAAGUACUGGGUGGCCAAUCCCAUCCAUACCCCUAUGAUGUCGUGUUUGCAGAUGUCAAGGAUGAAAGAUGUCUUGCUAUGCACACGUCUGGGUCCACAGGACUCCCAAAGAUUGUCUCCUAUACACAUGCUGCAUUUUCCUGUACUGAUUCCGACCGAAAUGUCCCUGUCCCAGAAGGGCGUCGGCCACAGAAUGCAAAACAGUUUGAUUUCUCCCCACCCGGGCGAUUCUAUUGCUGCUUCCCCCCGUUCCAUGUAAGAAAUCUCCUCUUGGUUCUGAUUGCCUUUCGCUAUCAAAUAGCUAAUGAAGAGAAGCUGGCGGGCACAAUGGCAUUCAUGGUUAUCCCCGUCUUCUCCACGACGGCUACUGCUGUUUUCGGUCCUUCAACCAUGCCACCCAGCGGUCACUUAGUGAGCGCUAUUACGAAGCACACGAGAGUCCAAGCCCUUUAUAUUCCUCCAUCUACUAUCGAGCAGUGGUGGACAUGCGACCCAGAUGCGUCCAAAAAGGCAGAAGGUCUCAACUUUGUGCUGUUUGGAGGGGGGCCUCUAGCACCGAGUGUCGGGCAGAAGCUCAGCGAAUUAACUGACCUUUGCCAAAUGUACGGCUCUAUUGAGAGCGGCCAGAUCCAGAUGCUUGUUCCCCAGCCCGGAGAAUGGCAGUACCUGGAGCCCAAUCCCGCCGAAGAGUGCGAUAUGCAGGAGGUGGAGGAAGGCUCCGGCCUCUAUGAGCUGGUGCUGUGUCAGCAUGAGAAGUUCCGUGGUCGGCGCACUCUUUCGCAUACAUUCCCGGAUGUGAAGAUAUGGCGUACGAAGGAUCUCUUCACUCCUCAUCCGACUAAGACAGGGCUGUGGCAAUUCCAUUCUCGCACUGACGAUCUCAUCGCGCUCGGCACUAGCGCAAAGGUGUUUCCUGUUCCCAUGGAGACGGCUCUACAAGGAGAUCCUAAUGUGGCGGGCACGCUGGUCGUUGGAAACGCCCGCCCAGCGGUGGUCCUCAUAAUUGAACCCGCACAGCCCUUGAAUGGUGUGAGUAAAGAUGAAUUUAUCGACAAGAUAUGGGCCGCGGUGGAAGAAGCAAAUGCCGCUGCACCCACCCACGGCAAGGUCUCUCGAUCUCGUAUCCUCCUGACAGAUCCUGCUGUGGGGUUUGCAAGAACUCCAAAAGGCACCAUUUCACGCAAGAAGUCCGAGGCUCUUUACACGGCCGCGAUUGAUGCGGUUUUCCGCGAUAACAUUGUGGACGAGAACAGCACAACCAGUGCGUUUUGA